GACAACCCAUACCAAAACUGACUUGGUGGCGAGGUUCAGUACUGUUGGACGACACAUUUGGUGUUUUACCUAAUAAAAAAAGCUUCAACAAGUUGGAACUUCCUGAACUUAGACGUCAGGAUUUAUUUACAGAACUUUCUUGCUUGGCUUCUAACAAUGAUAAAUCUGUGCCAGCUUCGGCUACAGUAAAGAUUGAUAUGACACUAAAACCAUUACUGUUGGAUAUUGAUGGAAUGGACCAGAUUUUAUCAGCUAAUAAACUGACUAAAUUACAGUGCAAGACAGCUGGAGCUAGGCCCAACGUUACCAUUUCUUGGUGGCUUGGUAGCAAACAAAUGAAAAGAACAACAAAUGUAACGGCAGACGGCGGAAACAUUACCAUCAGUACACUGUCGUUCAAGCCAUCAAAGGAAGACGCUGGGAAGUAUAUGUCAUGUCGUGCCAAAAAUCCCCUGAUACAAGGAAGCGCUUUGGAAAAAGGAUGGAAGCUGACUGUCCACCAUAAGCCUGAUUUAACCCUUCGACUUGGUAGUAAACUUCGGCAUUCCCAUAUUCAGCAAGGAAACGAUGUUUACUUGGAGUGUAACAUAAUCGCCAAUCCUUGGGUAACAGAAAUUGGGUGGAAAUUUGAGGGAAAAGAACUUCAGACUAAUACCUCAGCUGGGAUCAUUAUUAGUAAUCAAUCUCUUGUGCUGCAAAAAGUAGGACGCACCAACAGAGGGCGUUAUUCGUGCACCGCCACAAAUAGUGAGGGCCAAGGUGAAAGCAACGCACUUCACCUAAAGGUUCAGUUCAGUCCAAGAUGUAAGGACGGUCAAAAAAUUGUAUACGGGGCAUCUCUUCAAGAAUCUAUAAAAGUUUUGUGUGAGGUCGAAGCUGAUCCAGGGAACGUUUCUUUUCACUGGAGAUUUAACAGUACCAAAGAGAUCCUAGAGCUAGUGACAUUUACUAGUGAUGAAACAAGAAGCAUAGCCACGUUCAUACCGCGCAUGAAAUACGAUUACGGUAACUUGUUCUGUUGGGCUAGCAACAAAGUUGGCAUCCAAAGAAAACCGUGCGUUUUCAAAGUGGUCCCCGCAGGUCCUCCUGAUACAGUAAGAAAUUGUUCUCUGCGAAAUCAAACAGAACAUGUUAUUGAGGUGGAGUGCACCGAAGGAAACAAUGGCGGUCUUAAUCAACAUUUUGUAAUGGAAGUACAUGACAAGAACUUCCAGAUAUUGAGGGCCAAUAUAACAGCACCAGAACCAACGUUUCAGGCUGAGAACCUUCCGGCAGGAACUAACUUCCUAGUUGUUGUAUACGCUGUGAAUUCUAAAGGACGUAGUCAUCCUCUUGUCAUGCGAACAAGUACUUUACCAGCUCCACAGACACAGUCCAGAAGAGAUGCUGUUUGGCAGAUGCGUUUUAGUCCAGUUUUAAUCGUUAUCGUUGCAAUAGUAGCAGGAUUGGUAGUCAUUGCCUGUGUUAUCGUCAUUGUGAUGAAAGUUAAAGCUCAGGACCGCCGACAGAAAGGUAAAAGCACAUCGAAUAAUAUUCCUAAAGAGAAUGAAGCUACUAUCAACUGGGCGAAUAACAAAAGACCAAACAGGACCAGUGAUGCUUACAAAACCUGGGAUCCUGUAGAAAGUGAAAAGUUGCCGCCUUCUGUUCCUCUUCUGUAUGCCGAUAACCAAAUCUCGUCGAAGCUGGCUUUAGAAAUGGCUGAACAUCACCCAGAGAAGAAUCAAGACAAUGGAGAUACGCAGCUCUUCAAACUGACAGGACGAACUAAAAUAAUUUCUCCUGUGGAAACUUACGACUACUUGGAUGUAAAAAAUACUGGCGUUUGAAAUAGUCAGCUCACGAGUGCUCUACGUGCCUUCUUUUCAGGAAAGAAGCUGUGAUUGUGUGAUAUUCGUUCAGAUUUCCAACGAAUUUCGAUUGAGGGGGGCCAUGUUUGUAUAGUUAUACCACGUGCAGCACAAGCUAAUCGGAAUCUCGUGGAUUUUAUUUUAACGUGCCAUAUUUUUUGUAACUGUUGUAUCAUUAAAAACAAGUAUUUGUUGAGGCAGAAAUAAACAAAAGUUUUGAUUUCUCAAAGUAGAUAUAUUCUAUAGCUCUUGUAAUGGUCGACAUUUAAAGCCAUUAAGUUUCCAUCUAUAGCAUGUGCUUCUACGUUAUGUAUAUGAAGGAGAGUAAGUGUUAACCAUUAAUAUGUUCAACUUAUGAAGUAUGAAGAUGUUUGAAAGAAUUGGGUUUGGAAAGAAGGUAAGAUACUGAAGCUAUCGGGUGAAUAUUUUUGUUAGAAUAGCGGAAUGAGACAAUACAUUCAAAAUAUUAUAUCAAAAAGUGGCUUCAGGAAAGAUGAUGCAACUAAUCUAAUUUUAGUUUUGUGUUUGCUCAGGGUGAGAUCCAUGGAAAAAUAUUCCUGACGGUUGACGAGGUUUUGCUUUUCUUCGUCUAAGAAAGUAAAUUCACGCACCUUACUACUCUUGCUAGAGGUACUUAUUAUUAUGUGGAAACAGCACUAACAUUACUACUCUUGCCAGCAUUAUUAAAUAUUGCCUUGUUUCUGUUUUAUCUCAAAGAUUUAAAAAUUUACAAAUUUUUAUUGAGUCAUUUGAAAAUGUAGUACGAACACAAAAAUAUGUAUCACGUGUAGCUGAGUUGUCCAAGAGCUAUAAACCUUAAUCCAAUGGUUCUCAACCAUUUGUGGCUCAAGACCAAUUUGAUGAUCAGUCGUCACCCAAUAACCAGUUUUAGUGCAAAGAGUCAUAUGGCAUACUAGAUAAUUACUAAAUGAAUCAAUCACUAAAUAAACUAUCUAUUUUCAAAGCCUGUUCGCGACCCCUUCACAUAUUUGAGAUACCAAAUUUUGGAUAUUGAUCCAUGGUUAUGUUUUUAGAAAAAAAAUUUAAAUGUUACUCACAAAUCUUGGCCAAAGUCACAGCUGUUAUCCAAUUUUGUUGGAAAACUGUCCGUUUUCUGCUUUCGCAAAAAUAUGUUGGCAAAAACUAUAAUUUAUAUAAUAAAUGUGCAUUAAUGGAAUAC